AUGGAGCACUCUCAUCCUGAAAUGGGCCUCACUGCUCUUGAUCAUUCACCUGAGAAAACUCAAUCUCCUCCAAAUCCCAACCAUUUCAUCCCCAGAAGCUACCAAGUGAAAGUGUUUGAAGUUGCAAAGCGAAAGAACACGAUUGCGGUGUUGGAAACCGGUGCUGGGAAGACCAUGAUAGCUGUGAUGCUAAUCAAACACAUUUCUGAAGAUAUGAUCAAGUCCCAUGGCAAAAGAAAGCUGAUAAUUUUCUUGGCUCCAACCGUUAAUCUCGUCACUCAGGCAAUUAUCACUUCUACUGUUGCAAUAUUCUAUCAAUUCAAGGUUGUCGAAGAUUCUACAACUCUUGAAGUGGGAGAGUACUAUGGAGACAAGGGAGUUGAUGAAUGGAGUAGGAGCUGUUGGGAAAUGGAAGUUCAAACACAUGAUAUACUGGUGAUGACACCACAAAUUCUCUUGGAUGCCUUGAGGAAUGCAUUUUUGAGCUUAGAAAUGUUUUGCUUAUUGAUCUUUGACGAAUGCCAUCGUGCUACUGGCAAUCAUCCCUAUACAAAAAUAAUGAAGGAAUUUUAUCAUACAUCCGGCAACAGGCCAAAGAUUUUUGGAAUGACAGCAUCCCCUGUUAUAAGAAAAGGUGUCUCAUCCACCAUGGACUGUGAGAAUCAAAUAUCAGCACUGGAAAGCAUCUUGGAUUCUCAGGUUUAUGCUAUAGAAGACAGGACAGAAAUUGAAGCAUAUAUUCCCUCAACAGUCCAAACUUGUAGAUUUUAUGAGAAAACAUGGUUACUCAUGAAUUUGGGUCUGAAAGGCGAGAUGGAAGCUUUGUGGUCUAAGUAUGCUUCUAUGUUAGAGUUGCAAAGGGAAGUGCCAAGUCAGUACCAGUACUACCAGGACAUUGAUGAUAAAAUAAAGAUGCUGAGAAAGCGGAUGUCCAAUGACUACAUGAAGAUUUUAUAUUGCCUUAAUGACCUUGGCCUCAUAUGUGCAUAUGAGGUAUGGUUGUUCUCUAGCUAA